GGGAACCUGGAAAUCUGGUCUUGGGUAGGCAAGAGUGCGUUCCGGGGACGCAGGCGUGCAGCAGAGGUGGGAGAGUCCAGGAACUCACUUCCACGUUUAAACCACCCCCCCCCCCCAUUUCGGCUGCUGCCCCCUGGAAGACUCCCAUGCUCGCGCGGAGGUGAAUUCCGCGCCGUUGGCUCCGGUGGGAGGGUGGCCGUGGGGCGCGUGAGAACUGCUGGGGUGCGUGGCCCCGGUCUGCGCGUGCCCAGCGUCGGGGUACAGCUCCUCUCCGCCCGGCUUCUCCUCCCACUCACUCGCUCCCAUCUCCUCCCUCCUCCACACCCCCCGCCCCCGGGACAGCGAAGCUCCCUCCCCGCACCGGCCAGAGAGUACACAAAGCGGCGGGUGAGGGGAAGCUUCGCAGGCGUGCACCAAGCAGUGAGAUCACUGGCGUUAUAAAUAUCCCAGUUCCUGCGCCGAGAUCCAUUCGAGUGGCCUCUCUCUCUCUCCCUCCCUCUUUUCCCCGAGGCUAUGUCCACCCGGUGCGGCGCGGGGGGCAGCGCCAGAGGCACGCAGCCGCGCGGGGGCUACGGAGCCCAGAACCAACCCUACAAGAUGCACUUAGAACCCCCGCGGCUGGAAGAAUGAGCUUGUCCUUCCUCCUCCUCCUCUUCCUCAGCCACCUAAUCCUCAGCGCCUGGGCUCACGGGGAGAAGCACCUCGCCCCCAAAGGGCAACCCGGACCCGCAGCCACCGGUCGGAACCCGGCGGGCGCCAGCAGCAGUAGGAGCAGCAGGGGCACGACGUCUUCCUCUUCUUCCUCCGUCUCCUCCUCCCCCUCGGCUUCUCUGGGCAACCAAGGAAGCGGCUUGGAGCAGAGCAGUUUCCAGUGGAGCCCCUCGGGGCGCCGGACCGGCAGCCUCUACUGCAGAGUGGGCAUCGGUUUCCAUCUGCAGAUCUACCCGGAUGGCAAAGUCAAUGGCUCCCAUGAAGCCAAUAUGUUAAGUAUUUUGGAAAUAUUUGCUGUGUCUCAGGGGAUUGUAGGAAUACGAGGAGUUUUCAGCAACAAAUUUUUAGCGAUGUCAAAAAAAGGAAAACUCCAUGCAAGUGCCAAAUUUACCGAUGACUGCAAGUUCAGGGAGCGAUUCCAAGAAAACAGCUAUAAUACCUAUGCCUCAGCAAUACACAGAACUGAGCCAGCAGGCCGGGAAUGGUAUGUGGCCCUCAACAAGAGAGGGAAAGCUAAGCGAGGCUGCAGCCCGCGGGUUAAACCCCAGCACAUCUCUACCCACUUUCUGCCAAGAUUCAAGCAGCUAGAGCAGCCAGAACUUUCUUUCACGGUCACUGUUCCUGAGAAGAAAAAGCCACCCAGUCCUGUCAAGCCAAAGGUUCCCCUUUCUGCACCUCGGAAAAGUCCCAACACCGUGAAGUACAGACUCAAAUUUCGCUUUGGAUAAUAUUCUUCUUGGCCUUGUGAGAAACCAUGCCUUCGCCUCAGGAGUUUCCACGGGUGUCUUUAUGGCUCUGAAGAAAAACGUUCGGAUACACCUGCAGCUACACUCCACCGUAGUGAAGUCCAGUCACUUGUUUCAGCGCGACUGAAACAAAACUGUUUUCUGAUAGGAACUGAACUGGAAUUCUUUGUCCAAAAUAGGGAGCACACUGCUUCAGUCAGGACUACAUAAAGCCUUUUGCUUUAUGCUUCGUGCAUACUCUGUAUUUUGAGAAAGUUAAACAGCGUGGACUAUGUAUUUUUCUGACUUUUACAGAUCAACCUGAAAGAACAUACAUGAUACAUUUUUAUUUUUGGUUUCCAAAGAAUAUUUUGAUGCAGAUAAAAUAUUUUAUUAACUUUUGUUUUUUGUUUUUUGUUGUUUUUUUUUAAAAAAGUACCUCUGCAUUGAGCAUAUUUUCUUACUUUUAUUUUAAUUAAUAUGACAUAACCAUUUGAAUGCAGUUUAUGAAUAUAAAUGUGUUUAUAGCCCAUUUGUAACGUGGAUUUUUUCAUUUUUCUUAUUCAUCGCACUUUCAUUUUUUAUUUUUAUUUUUUAUCAUACCUCAGAUAAUGUAAGUUUAGUCCAUCCUCUUACACUGCUUAAAUUCUCUUCAACAGCACCAAAAGCUCAGCUUAGAUUUGUGUGUGUGUGUGUGUGUGUGUGUGUGUGUGUGUGUGUGUGUGUUUGCGUGUAAAUUCAUGACAGUAUGUGGAAUCCUACUCCUUUGGUGGCUGGGCUAUAAUGGCUUAGGAGUAAGGAGAAAAUUAAGGAUUUUUUUGAUGGUAUUAUACACUGGAGGUAAGGAAAAGGAUUUGAGGCACAACUACACUAAGUCUGCAGCAUUUACUGGGAUCUGAUUCUGUCUUGCCUUCAUUUCUCCUUUUAUCUACUCCCCUGCCCUCAUUCUUGAACAGCUGGAGGAAUACAUUUUAUUCUGUCCAUCAAGCACACACUAUGAAACCAGAGUGCUUAAAAAUACCUCUUCUAUGACCCUCUGCUAUCCCCACUGUAUAGAUCCACGGGGAGCAACCCACUUAGCAGAAAAACAUGGAAAAUCGAAGAAGAUGAAUCAUGUAACAGUUAUGCACGUCAAGUUCUGUUGUCAAAAAUAUUCUUAUUACUCAGCCAAACACCCUUUGAGUUUGCUGUCCUAAAGGUAACCAUCCCAAUGAAUAGAUUGCCCUUUAGAAUAGAUACUCUCUGAUGUAUAUUUUAAAAAAGGUGGCCGUGCAAUAGGGGAAAUUUAAUUUGGGAAUUUGAUGAUUGAAAAUAGCACUUUAAUUCUCAACCUGCAUACUGAAUGUUGGGCAUAAAUCACAGAAAAUUUGACUUAAGAGAAUUUCUGUAAUUUAUUUACUUUCCUGGGCAAUCAUUUCUAUGGAGUUCUAUAAAAUAUAAGUGUUUAUAUCAGAAAUGUGCCUGUAAAAAAAGGUACAGCUAAUUCUCAGAAGUAUGUCUUUCACAGGAAGAGCAGAAGAAUUCACAGAAAGUUUCUGUUGUAUGUUUAAGCAUGCUUCUUUCCUUUUAAAGGAUACUAACAAACUUUUCUAAAGUUUUGUUUAUUUUGGCACACAAAUGCAAAGUAGCAAUUUAUCACAAUUGAACUUACUACUACUUAAGCAGAUUGCCUUAUUUAAAUAGAAAUAAACUAUACACAUAUAAUAUAUAUGAAAUCACCCAUCAAUGAAAUCAUCA